AUACGAAAACAGGAAAAUACUUGAAUUUUUUGACAAGACGUUGUUUAUUAUGGUUGAAAAUUUUGCGGUUUCUGCGGAGUUUUCAUUCGAAUUUUUAUCGUGAUUAAAAUUUGGUUUGUGUGAAUUAUUGUACAACAAAAUCAGAAUGGAUCCAGUGGAAACUUCCAAAAGUGACGAAGCAGAGGAGUUUCCCGCUCUGGAAGCCGACGACGACAACGUCGAUGACCGUGCUUGGCGUGGAGUCCCCAUGGACACAAUCUACCGCGGUUUGGACCGAUACGAGUUGCGACAUUUUGCCGAGGUUCGCCCGGCUGAGGAUCAUCUUGUGCUGUACAAUCUGCCGAUUGAUGUGAACGGGACGGAACCGCCGAAACCGCGAAGGGCCUACAACAAGUGGGACGCCAAUCACGUUCGGCUGCCCUGCUCACACCGUAGUCAGUACCCGGUUGAGCAGGAAGAUGGCAGUACGACGCUGGAGAGCCGUUGGGAGCUGGUUCAAAAUGCUUUACUGCAACCGAUAGGGAAUAGCAGGGAGCUGGAGAGGGCUAUUUUGUCCUAUAACACGAAAUAUGCCAGCAGCUGGAAAUUCAAGUCGCUCCACAAACUUUUCGAGGAGGAUUUGGAGGAGGAAGAAAGCGCCGGGUUUUUCGAGUAUACCUUACCGAAGAUGAUUCGGUUGGCGUUGUUACUACCGGAUUUGAUUCCCGGAGCCAUUCCGUUGCUGAAGCAGGGAAGCAAUAAGGCCAUUUCCUUGACGCAACAACAGGUGGCGUGCCUGCUAGCAAACGCCUUUCUGUGUACCUUUCCACGGCGGAAUACGCAGAAGAAAAAGUCCGAGUACAGCUUGUUUCCGGACAUCAACUUCAACCGGCUGUUUCAAUCCGGUGGACAGUCGGUGCUGGAGAAGAUCAAAUGUAUCUGCAACUACUUUCGAAGGGUUUGCUCGAGCAUGCCUACUGGGGUGGUUACGUUCCAGAGAAGAUAUAUAAACCCGAAACAGUUUAUCGAUUGGGGUAGAUGCGAUGCGAUCGUGGGUAGAGACACAGUUCCGAUUCACAUCAAUUCGGAGGGUACUAUCGAAGAUCAGGGCAGAGGACUGCUACAGGUCGACUUCGCCAACAAAUACCUAGGUGGAGGCGUCCUUGGACAUGGAUGCGUUCAGGAAGAGAUUCGAUUUGUGAUAAAUCCGGAGCUAUUAGUCAGCAAACUGUUUACCGAAGCGCUUAAACCCCAGGAAGCCCUCGUCAUGAUGGGUUCGGAGCAGUUUAGCGAAUACAGUGGUUAUGCCUCCAGUUUCACUUUCGCUGGUGAUUUCCAAGACGAAACCCCACGGGAUGCCAGCGGUCGGCGGGAAUGUUACAUAGUGGCAAUCGAUGCGUUGCAUUUUGUGCAGAGCGUUCACCAGUACCGGGAAGAGCUGAUGCUGCGGGAGUUGAAUAAGGCCUACGUCGGAUAUUACCAUCCCCUGUCGACGCCGGCUCCUGGGGUUGCAACGGGGAAUUGGGGCUGCGGGGCAUUCGGAGGAGACGCCCAUCUGAAAGCCAUGCUGCAGUUGAUGGUCUGCUGUGUCCUGAGUCGUCCUUUGGUAUAUUACACGUUUGGAGACAGCGAAUUGAGAGACCAGUUUUAUGCAAUGUAUACAUUCUUGGUCGACAACAAAGUGAAAGUCUGUGAAAUCUGGCGAAUUCUGAAAGAUUUUCGAAGACACAAUUUACCACCCAGUAAACUGUAUGCCUAUUUCUAUCAGGAUUACUACGACAGGAAGAACAAACCGUCUUGUUUCAAUUUGAAAAAUUUAAGACCAAAAGAAAGAACUCCAGAACCGAUAGCGAAAAGUGCUUUUCCAGAGAACGACGAGCUAAAUGACGAAAGUCUUGCUAACUUGAUGACACACCUUGACAACGAGGAACAACCCUGUCCCUCUACAUCAAAUCGCGAUUCCAGCAAGGACUCCCUUUCACCCGUGACGCAAUCACCAAAGAAACCCUCCUCGCGGGUAUCGCUUAUUGCCGAAUUAGAUCGCAACUAUUAUACCGGUGGACCUGGUCCGGCGAAAAAGCUGUGCCCUUCUACAUCGCCCUGUCCUGUGGUGGUGGAAAAUGGCAACGGCAACGGCAACGACGACACGGUUCAGGUGAAGCAAGACUCCGUGCUGAUUCAAAUUGAGGAUGAGACAAAAGAUCGAGUGAUUGUCGGGGCCGUUGAAGCCAUCAGGUGCGAGGAAGAAAUUGGAGAAUUUGUUGAGGUGAGUCCACCGGAAGAGGCACGAAAGAAGCAACAGCGUCGGACGAUAGGGGAUUACUUUUCGAAAAGUGGCGGUAAGUGAUUGUUAUCGGCAAGUUAUUGUUGACUGGUCAUUAAAUUAGAAAAAAAAAUCUGGAAAACGUUAGUUAAGUAGAUUCUGACUGGUCGUAGUGAGAUCACAAUACUUACUUUGAUAAUUGGUGUGAUACAAUUCGCUCCGUUUAAUUUACGCUCAUUCGGCAUCUUUCUCCACUGGGCUCGGCCUUGAACCAACCGCUUCCAGUCGUUGUUCUUCUGAUUAUAUCGAGUCGUAUUUUCUCCUGUGUUAUUUGUAGUGGGGUCUUUUACGGGUGGCUUUAUUGGGCCUACA